AUGUCGACUGACAUACGGCGAGACCGCAUUUCAUGGACCUUGAAAGCCUUAAGCAAGGAGCAAGACAAGCCUUUCGAAAUACGAAAUCAAACACAGAGAUGUCUCUCGAUCCUGGAGGAGUCGGCAGUCCUGGAAUCUCCAACUCUGCAGGAUAUCAGAUCUGAACUGCGCGGCUGGGCUCACGAUGCGGAGCACACUAGUAGCUCGUUGUGUUUAGACUCUCGAUUAAGAGACGCCCCCGUGAUUGCCGACUUCAUUAAAGCGCUCUUGGAUGAUCUGGAACGUCUUAUACACAAUAUCAUUUUCAACAUCGUGGAAACAGUCUGCUUCAUCACGGAUGCUGUUACAAGAGACUAUGGAGACGACAUCUACGAGAACUAUAUUACGAAGCACGACUCUGCGUACAUGCAAACUCUGGCCUCGCAUAUCAAGAACGGGACACCGCAAGCCGCAGCAGCAGCGGCCCUUCGAGUUGGGCAAGUGAGGUACAAUGAACUGGUGUUUUUGCGCAAGCAGCGAGAGGAAGCCAUUACCAUUCGAAAGCUACUCUUUAGCACCUGUAGGUAUAUCGAAAGAUCAGGGGUGCUUAGCCGGAUUUCCGAAAUCCAUGGGUACAGAGAGGCGAUCGAACCCGGUAAUGCGGCCAAGGAUCCCAUUCAGCAAUUCCAAGAAGACAUUGAGGCGGUCGUUCAGACCCGUCAUCCCAAGGCUCAGGAGUCCACCAAAACCCGCUUGGUAUAUGCCGCGCUUCUUCGGCGACAGAAUCUUGGCUACUGGCGAGACCGAGAACGCAGAAUCAACGAGUUCGAAGAAGACGUGGAAGGAAGCAUGAUAGGAGGAGACAAGGGAGAGGCGAUAAGACGAAUCAAGAGAGGACUUGGAUUCAAGAGAGGAAACGGGGAAGGAGCAAGACCGUCCACGUCCAUGGCCACGUCCACGUCGCUCCCCGCAUGCAUCGCUUGGGAGGCAGGCAAUGACUGGUAUCCAACGAUGCACACUUCAACCUCCGCCGACGGCACCCUCCUACCGUGGUCGCAGCUCAUGAAGCCGCAGCUCAGGUCCGCUGCUUCCUCUACUCCGCCUGACUUCCCAGGGCUCACCGAGUUCACCGAGCCCCGGGUGUACGAGAAAUAUGAGCUAAGCAGUCGGUGUCUGCGCCGGAUAGACAAGCUCUUACCUCCUGCUCCGGGGAAGAAGGACGGCAGGGAAUAUGAGAUAUGCCCAUACUGCUUUCGAGUCUGUCGCUCUGACGAACUACAGGGCGCAUCAUGGAGGGAACACAUUACUCGAGACCUGAUGCCGUAUGUCUGUCUUCUGGGCGCCUGCUCCAAACCCGACACCAUCUUUGGAUCAUUCAAAGAAUGGGUACAUCAUAUGGUCAGCCAGCAUCCGACAAAGGAGUGGUCAUGCGACAGCACUGAACACUACUGGGGGUUUCGAUCCAAAUCCAGAGAUGCAUUCGAAAAACACAUCCGCGAGGAGCACCCGGGGCAGCACGAGGAGGAGGCUGCCCUGGCGGAGCACAUUGACGAGGAGUGUCUCUUCGCGGAUGCCAGAACCAAGCCACUGACAGAGUGCCCGCUGUGCAUGGACGCGCUUGAUACGACACGACUGUCAACCAUUCAUAUUCUCGGCCAUGUGGCAGAGCAUCUUAUUUCUCUGGCGCGGCUCUCCCUGCCGCCUGGCCUGCCUGAGGCGGACGGUGCCGUUGGGGAAACGUCACGGUCCUCUUCAUGUGUCAGCAUGUGA